AUGCUUCUGCAACGCACCGUCAUCGCCGCGGCCCGCCGCGCCGCCGUCGCUCCCGCCGUCACCCGCAGCUUCGCGACCUCCCUCGUCCGCCGCGAGGCCGCCAAGUCUGGCCCUUCCACCCCCAACGCGCAGGCCGCCUCUCUCGCCGGCACUGCCCAGAAGAAGAUUGGCGAAUACAAGACGUUCAGCGAGGUCAAGGGCGAGGACGACCUCUUCGGCCCUGGCGCCGCCCCCGGCACCGUCCCCACCGAUCUCGAGCAGGCCACCGGUCUUGAGCGUCUGGAGAUUCUCGGCAAGAUGGAGGGCGUCGACAUCUUCGACAUGCGCCCCCUCGACGCCAGCCGCAAGGGCACCAUGGAGAACCCCAUUUCCGUCCGCUCUGCCGGCGAGGAGCAGUUUGCCGGCUGCACUGGCUACCCUGCCGACUCCCACGUCGUCAACUGGCUCGGCCUGACCCGCGAGCGCCCCAUUGAGCGAUGCCCCGAGUGCGGCAGCGUCUACAAGAUGGAGUACGUCGGCCCGCAGGACGACCACCACCACGACCACCACCACGGCCCCGAGAUCGAGGAGCCCAAGACGUUUGCCGACUACAUCAAGCCCGAGUACCGCUACCGAUAA